GUUUGCUCCUCCGUGCGUUUUCAAUCAAUAUCUAUUGAUAAAUAACCUCAUUUCUCUGGAGUUCGUGGUUAGCACAGAGCUACACCACAAUGGCAGACUUCGAUCCCAGUAACGUGUUCAAUGUCAAAGGCAUGGUGGCUGUCAUCACGGGUGGAGGCACUGGUCUCGGGCUGAUGAUGGCCCAAGCGCUAGAGGCCAACGGUGCAAUUGUAUACAUCCUCGGACGACGAGAGGAGGUUUUGAAACAAGCAGCAGCUACGGCAAAACACGGCAAUAUCCACUACUUCAAAGCAGAUGUGACUUCCAAAGCAGACCUGUCCGCGGCAGCAGACCAUAUCGGUGCGAAAUCCGGUUACGUUAACCUUGUAAUUGCAAACUCCGGCAUCACUGGCCCAACACUCCAUGGCCUAAACAAAGGCGCAUCACUAGCUGAAACCCAGAAGUACCUUUGGAAUUGGGACUCUGAUGAGUUCAACCAGACAUUCACCCUGAACACGACAGCUGCCUUCUUUACUGCUGUCGCGUUCCUCGAUCUGCUGGAUAAAGGCAACAAAGCUGGCAAUAUCGAGCAAAAGAGUCAGGUUGUCUUUGUGAGCAGUGCUGGCGCAUUCAGUCGCAUGCCCAUGGCUGGUUAUGCAUAUGCUGGGUCCAAAGCAGCGAUUAUACACAUUAUGAAGCAGCUCGCCACCAGUUUCGCACAACACGGUAUUCGGUCCAACGCUCUUGCGCCUGGUUUAUUCCCGAGCGAGAUGUCUGCACCCAUACUGGCGAAGCAAGAGGUCUGGCCAAGGGACUUCAUCCCAGAGGAACGACCUGGAGACAUCAAGGAUAUGGCGGGUGCUGUGCUGUUUCUCACAAGCAGAGCGGGCGCCUAUGUCAAUGGAACUGUCUUGCUCCAAGAGGGCGGUCGACUUAGUAUCAUCCCGGCUACGUACUGAUGCGACCUUGAGACGGGAUGAGAGCGACUAGUUGCUGUAAUUUCACAGAAUUAGAAAGCCUGCUCGCUGUUAACGAAAGCAUUACAAUUCAACUGCC